GCACUGACACUGCCUACACACAGACCCUCUCAUCACAGCCAGAGUAGAGGGACACCUUCACCUCUGAACCCGGCUAAGUUUAUUUCGGACAAGACUCGUUAGCGGUACAGGAGAGUGUCUGAUUCUACUGCAACAGAUCAGAAUGGAUGUGUUCAUGAAAGGCUUGUCCAAAGCAAAGGAAGGGGUGGUGGCUGCAGCCGAAAAGACAAAGCAAGGGGUAGCAGAAGCUGCAGAGAAGACCAAGGAAGGUGUUCUAUAUAUGGGAAGUAAAACACGAGAUGGAGUUGUGCAAGGAGUGGCUUCAGUGGCUGAAAAGACUAAAGAGCAGGCAUCACAGCUUGGUGGGGCUGUUAUGUCUGGAGCCGGAAACAUUGCUGCAGCAACUGGUUUGAUGAAGAAAGAUGAGUUCCCCACAGAUAUAAAGCCUGAAGAAGAGGCCCAAGAAGCUUUGGAAGAACCUGCUGCUGACCCACUGCUGGAACCAGAAGGGGAGAACUAUGAAGAGGCCCCUCAGGAUGAUUACCAAGAAUAUGAACCUGAAGCAUAACAUCUCCGUACACUGGACCCCUCCACCAGCAGCAUCAGCACAAAGAUAGCUAUAAUAAAAAAAAAUAUAUUAAUAAUAAUAAAAAAAAAAAAAUCCCCUGUCCUAAUGCCCUUCCCUUUACAAGAGGUGCUUGAAGUCCACCUCCCUCUUCCCUCAAGAAGUGAGCUCUUCCUUAAAUCCACCUUCAGAGAACCUCAUGUGAAGUGAUUUUAUGUAUGGUAUCCCUUAGCAUUAAGUCAUAGUUCAAGCAAAAAUGGUAUUUAAAAAAAUAAGCCCUUUGAACCAUGAAUGCACUGUUCUUGGUUUUUUUGUGUGUGCCCAAUACCCCCUGGAAAUUAUUUCUGUUUCCCUCCCAGAGAAUAAUUUUCAGGGGGUUGAGUGAAAUUUGUGUCUCAUACAUUCAUUUUUGUAACAUUUUUUGUUUUGUUUUUGUUGGUGUGGUUAGUUCAUUCGGUGACAGGGGGGCCUGCAACCCUGUGUUAUUGAAUGAGUUAAAAUUCUUCUGCGCCUACUGACAUUAAUACGCAUGUUUUACCUUUUUUAUAAAAGUACAUAUAAAUUAUUUUCUAUUUAACUCUUUGACUGUCGCAAAUUUGCAUCCUUUUGCCAGUCACAGAGUUAAAAGAAAAUACCAAAAAAAAUGUAGCUGUGGAUGACUGACCUUAACCAUAGUUAAAUUAAUGUUACAAUGUGACAGUUGUUUCUUUUGCUGUUGUUUUUUAUACAUAUAUAUAUAAACACACAUAUCUAAAAUAUAUAAAUGUUUUAAAUUAUUUGUGACUGUUCUGUAAAGCAGAGACGUCUGUGAGAAUCCGUACAGAAUAUUUUGAAUGUCCUUGUGUUCCAGAUAAUUUUGCAAAAGGAAUAAAAAAAAAAAAAUAAAAAAAAAAAGAAUUAACCUAAAUAAA